AUGGCGGAGCUGCCGCUGCCCGCCGGGCUCAGCGCCAGCGCCUUCCCCGCCAAGCUGUGGCGCCUGGUGAACAGCCCCCGCGUCCGCUCCGUGCGCUGGGACAGCCGCGCCCAGGGGCUGCUCGUCGACCGCUCCCUCUUCGAGCGGGAGCUGCUCAGCCCGGGCGACGCCCACGGGGGCGGCGAGGGGGUGGGGCCCACGCCGGACUCCUUCCAAGCCACGCACUUCGGUAGUUUCGUGCGGCAGCUCAACCUCUACGGCUUCCACAAGGUGCCGAGCCGGGUUGGCUCAUCUGAGCCCGGCGAUGCCGGGGGCUGGCUCCACUUCAGGAACCCCAACUUUCGCCGCGACCGCCCCGACCUCCUGCUCCAUAUCAAGCGCCUGACCAGGGCCAACAGGCAGCGGCUGGCAGCGGGGCUGGAGGUGCGCAGCCGCCAGCCCAGCCGCUUCCAGCAGCUCCGCACGGAGCGGCCGCUGGCGUCCUUCCCUGCCGGGCAGCCGCCCAGAGCCGCCACCCCAGGCACUUCAGGCCCCAGCGCUCCAGCUGGCAGUGCUGGUUUUGCACCAUGGACAGCCCCCAGCUGGCUGUGGAAUACUCCUGGGGAAGAGGAAUUGCCACCACCAGAUCUGGACAUGGUGCUUGAGACGCUGGAGGAGAUGUUUUCUCCCUCUGCUCAGGUAACUGCAUUGGACAGGGAAGAAAAGGGCUGGGAGCUGAGAGCUUGUGAAUGUUGUUGCAUGGCUGAGAAGCAAAGGCUUCUUGAGUUCAGCUCAGUGAAUGGACAGGAAAAGAUUUGCUUGGUGAAACAAGACUUCCUAAAGAAGAGGGAAUGAAAAAGUCUCCCCCUGAAUAAGGAUGAAGAGGUGUGAGCCUGUGUUGGCCAGGUUUGGGUGCCUGUUUUCCUGGGAAGAAUCCCUCGUGCAGGGGUGUUUGUGGUGAGGAAGUGGAAGCUUUGUAGGUUCUAAGAGGCUUUGUUUGGUGGGAAAGAAGAGAAGAGUGUUUGGAGAAUUGCCAAGUGUCCCGUGCAGGGAGGGACAUGCCAGAGGCUGUGCCUCUUUUGGGUG